AGCGACCUAAACGUCCAGUCCGUGGUCCUGGCGAUGACGUCACUGCUCAUGUCCCUGUUCAUCACGUUCGUCAACAUCCUCACGAUAGUCGUCAUCAGGCGGACGCCCUUCCUCCGGACGCUGUCCAACAUGUACGUUACCUCGCUGGCCGCGUCCGACCUGGUUGUGGGCCUCGGCCUGAUCCCGCUGUCCCUCUUCUACAUCCCUUCCUUGCGGGACAGGCUCUUCGACCGCAACAUCCACUUCUGCGCGUUUAUCUUCGGCCUCAACCUCGGCGUGUCCAUCGUGUCCAGCAUCACCAUGACGCUCAUCGCCACCGACCGCUACAUCUACAUCCUGCGACCGUACGCCUACAAGCGGGUGGUCACCAGGCGGUACGUCCUCGUCCUCGUCUGCCUGACGUGGGUGUUCGGCGUGCUCUACGGGCUGCUGCCCCAGCUGAUCCACAACGAUGCCGCUGGCGUGCCCAAAUGCGACAUCACGCUGGUCAUGCCCGUGGGGUAUCUCUUCUACACCAACCUGACCAUCUACUCCAUCCUCAUCGUCUUAGACUUCGUGCUGUACACGCAGAUUCUGUACACGGCUUACCGCCAGCGGAGGAUCAUUGACGCGGCGGCGCCGGUGGUCAGUGAGCCGCCGUCUCGGGUGGCGGCAACUCGGACGUCUCAGUGUCUCGCUUCAGAUACAUCGCAGUCGUGUGACCAUAGUGCGCCCAAAGCAGCGCACACGAGUGACCCCAGUUUUGUACGUAGUCACGACAAGGUCUCGAGCACACGUAGCGUCACACCAAGUGUUACCACUGCACUGAGAACCUUCUGUCAAACUCAGGCUGAUGUUUUGACAAUCGCGAUCAUGGAAGCCUCUGAAAUUGAAGCGCGAAAAAUCGGACACCCGGAUAAAAUGAAUGGUGGGGAAAAUUCUGUGAUCGCCGCGGCGCCCCGGGAUAUAAUACACGGUGCUAAAAGGUCUGUAAUUACCCCGGCGCCCCAGGAUAAAAUAAAUGGUGUGAAAAGUUCUGUAAUUACUCCGGCGCCCCAGGAUAAAAUAAAUGGUGUGAAAGGUUCUUUAAUUACCCCGGCGCCCCAGGAUAAAAUAAAUAGUGUUAAAAGUUCUGCAAUCACCUCGGCGCCCCAGGAUAAAAUAAAUAGUGUUAAAAGUUCUGCAAUCACCCCGGCGCCCCAGGAUAAAAUAAAUAGUGUUAAAAGUUCUGUAAUCACAUCGGCGCCCCGGAAGAAGGGAAACCUGCGACUGAAGAGCAUUAAAUUCUUCCUGACAGUAUUCGGGGUGUACUUCAUGUGCCUGACGCCCACGGUGGUGUGCAUGGGCGUCGACUACUACAGCCCCGUCCCCAGGUUCCUGUACAACACGUUCAACUUACUCGCCCUGAUGAACUCUGGGAUUAACUUCGUCAUCUACAUUCUCCUCAACGUCAAGUUCAAGGUCUCCGUCAUGAGAUUUCUG